CAGCGCCCGGGGCGGGCGAGGCCCCUGGUAAACAGCCGAGGCCAGGCGGGAGCCGAGCCGGGUGGAGGGCGCGGAGCUCGCAGGGCCCCAAUCCCGAUACUGGAUGGAGAGAGGGGAGGAGCUGCAAGUCCCAGAUCUCAGCAAACGCGAGGACAAUGAGAGCUUGCCGGGCCCCCAAACAGGUGAGAGGCUGGCGAGUGUGGCCGGGGGAGAGGAUGCUGCACCGGGAAGGGGCGGCACCAGCACUGAUGUGGAGCUGGUGCGGGGAGUGUGGCACAAAGAUCCUGCCGCAGGGGCAGAGGAGGCGGUGCCAGGAGGCAGUGCCAGGGUGGAGGAGGCGGUGCCGGGAGGUAGCGCUGAUGCAGAACCAGCGCGGCACAGAGACCCCACCGUCAGGUGGCCAUUUAAGUGCAGCGAGUGCGGGAAGAGCUUCCGGCAGAGCGCCACGCUGACCAGGCACCAGCUCCUGCAUGCGAGCGAGAGGCCCUACGUCUGUACCACCUGCAGCAAAGGCUUUUGUGAUGGCGCGGCACUGGCCGCGCACCAACGGGUGCACACGGGCGAGCGCCCCUUCCCCUGCCUGACGUGCGGCAAGGCCUUCACGGGCAGCUCGGCGCUGCUGGUGCAUCAGCGAGUGCACACUGGCGAGCGCCCCUACCGCUGCGGGGAGUGCGGGCAGAGCUUCCGGCAGAGCUCCCACCUGACGCAGCACCAGCAGGGCGCCCACGCCCGCCCGUGCCCCCACGUCUGCACUCACUGCGGCAAGAGCUUCGGGCUGCGCCGCACACUGGCGCGGCACUUGCAGGCACACGGUGUCGAACGCCCCCACGCCUGCCCCGACUGCCCCCGUCGCUUCUGCCACCGCGCCCACCUGCUCCGGCACCAGCUGGCGCACACAGGCGAACGGCCCUUCCCCUGCCCGGUCUGCGGCAAAGCCUUUGCCCUGAGCGCCACGUUGCUGCGGCACCAGCUGGUGCACACGGGCGAGCGCCCCCACCGCUGUGAGGAGUGCGGGCGCAGCUACACCCAGAGCUCCUACCUGCGCCAGCACCAGCGCAGUGCCCACGCCGGCCAGCGCCCCCACGCCUGCCCUGACUGUGGCCAGGCCUUUGCCGACCGGGCCAACCUCCUGCGGCACCAGCGGGGCCAUGCGGACGCCCGACCCCACACCUGUGCUGAGUGCGGGCAGCGCUUUGCCCAGUUGGCCAGCCUGGUGGAGCACCACCGGCGGCACACGGGCGAGAAACCUCACGAGUGCCCCCGCUGUGGGCGCCGCUUCCGCCACCACUCGGCCCUGCUUCGCCACCAGCGCUCCCAUGCUGGGGAGCGCCCCUUCCGCUGCGGGCAGUGCGGUCGUGGCUACACCCGCAGCUCCAACCUCCUGCUGCACCAGCAGGUGCAUGCUGCUGAGUGACAUCCCCGCCCCCAGGACAGUCGCCAGCAUCCGGGGCCUCCCACGCCCCUCGUGCUGGGAUGGGCCUGGCCCGGCCCUGACCAGAAUCCACACUCGUGCACGGCCACUCCCCGACCACUGCUCAGGAACGGGGGUGGCUGGGCCAGGCCUGUGUUGCCCGUCCAGGCACUGAGUGUGAGUGAAGCUGCUGCCAGCACUUACGGUUUCUCCAGCCCCAGGUAGCAAACAUGGGGGCAGAGCUUCCUGCAAGGUGGGGCCCUGCUCAGGGGUGGAGCUCAGGGAAUGGGGGCUGUGCCCAGGCAGUGCCUGACUCCGAUUUUCUCCCCUUUUGCUGGCUGGUGCUGCCCGUGCUGCUGCUCCAACCCCCUGGGCCCCGCCGUGUGGCCCAGCCAAGCCAAAAUCCGCCCUGCAGCUGUCCAGCUGUGCACGGGGUGGGAGCACAAGCAGGGGGACACCAGCACUCGAUGCAGGCUUGUGGGAAAC